GAUAUUUCCGUUUUGAUUGCCGUGGCUGUAAUUGUACCAUCUACGCUAUUUUUGCUUUAUAAAAUAAUUGGAUCUCAGAAGAAAAAAGAUCCAGUGACCUUGCAGGAUCCAAAUAUCAAAUAUCCAUUGUCUUUGAUGGAUAAAGAGGAUAUCAGCCAUGACACCAGGAGAUUUCGAUUUGCACUUCCCUCACCAGAACACAUAUUGGGCUUGCCUGUAGGCCAACAUGUAUACCUCUCUGCCAAAGUCAGUGGUAACCUUGUGAUUCGGGCUUAUACUCCAGUUUCUAGUGAUGAAGUGAAAGGAUAUGUUGAUUUAGUAAUAAAGGUUUACCACAAAAAUGUUCAUCACAAAUUUCCUGAAGGUGGAAAGAUGUCCCAGUACUUAGACGCCAUGAAGAUUGGUGACACCAUGGAUUUCAGAGGGCCUAAUGGGCUUCUGGUUUAUAAAGGAUCAGGUAAAUUUGCUAUCAAAUUGGAUAAAAAGUCUGAAGCAAAGAUGAAGUUUGUUAAGCACCUUGGGAUGAUUGCUGGGGGAACAGGAAUUACUCCAAUGCUUCAGCUGAUCCGCCAUAUCACAAAGGACCCUACUGAUAAAACAAAAUGUUAUCUCCUUUUUGCUAAUCAGACGGAACAGGAUAUAUUACUGAAACCAGAGCUUGAAGAUGUAGCUGCAAACCACUCAGACCAAUUUAAAUUGUGGUAUACUUUGGACAGACCACCUCAUGGAUGGAAGUAUAGCACUGGCUUCGUUACUGCAGACAUGAUAAAGGACCAUCUUCCUCCCCCCUCUGGGGACACUUUGAUUCUGAUGUGUGGACCUCCACCCAUGAUUCAGUUUGCCUGUCAGCCCAAUCUUGAGUUUCUGGGAUAUGCAAAAGAGAGCACAUUUGCUUACUGAACUUGAAGGCCUGGGCCUGACAAACACACAUUCCAGAGGGGAAAGACUUCACGGGACCUGUGCUGAUUCUUCAAAAGAGGACACUUGUCUCAUACUUUCUAAUGCCUUGCCUAGCCUUAAUAAAGUUUUA